AUCAUCAUGGCGGCAUACGCCUGAGCGAGGGCGGAGCGCAGGGCCGAGUGUCCAGUGUUAUAUUUCUGGCUACUGUAGUCACUCACGCUCACUGAUUCAAUGAACGGUAUAAUGGCUGCGUCGUCGAACAGAAUCAUGCUAGGCCCCCUUGUAGCUGCUAUCGACCAAGGCACGAGUUCCACGCGUUUUCUGGUUUUCAAUGCGAAAACCGCAGAGCUUCUCAGCCACCAUCAGGUUGAGAUUAAACAGAGCUUUCCUAAAGAGGGCUGGGUGGAGGAAGAUCCAAAAGAGAUUCUUCAGUCUGUGUAUGAGUGUAUGGAUAGGACCUGUGAGAAACUGACCCAGCUCAACAUUGAUAUCUCAAACAUAAAAGCCAUUGGGGUGACAAACCAGAGGGAAACCACCAUUGUUUGGGACAAGGAAACGGGGGAUCCACUUUACAAUGCUAUAGUUUGGCUUGAUCUGCGGACCCAGUCCACAGUAGAAAGACUUAUCAACAAGACUCCUGGCAGGAACAAAAACCACCUCAAGCACAAGACUGGCCUUCCCAUCAGCACAUAUUUCAGUGCAGUGAAGUUACGCUGGUUGAUGGAUAAUGUGGAAAAUAUCCAUGAAGCUGUGCUCUCCCACAAGGCAAUGUUUGGAACGGUUGACUCCUGGCUUAUCUGGUGCUUGACAGGGGGGAAGAAGGGGGGUGUUCACUGCACAGAUGUGACCAAUGCCAGCCGGACCAUGCUCUUCAAUAUUCACACAAUGGACUGGGAUCCAGAGCUCUGCACAUAUUUUGAUAUACCAAUGGAAAUUCUGCCAAAAGUGAGAAGUUCUUCAGAGAUUUAUGGUUUGAUGAAAAUCAGCUUUAAUCUGAAAUCUGGCCCUUUAACUGGUGUCCCCAUAUCAGGGUGUCUUGGUGACCAGUCUGCUGCUCUGGUUGGACAGAUGUGCUUCAAAGAUGGACAGGCCAAAAAUACUUAUGGGACUGGUUGUUUCCUUCUUAAGAAUGUUGGAACAAAGCCUGUAAUGUCGGACCAUGGACUUCUGACAACAGUCGCAUAUAAACUAGGGCGUGACAAGCCAGCCUACUACGCACUAGAGGGUUCUGUUGCCAUUGCAGGAGCAGUUGUGCGUUGGCUAAAGGAUAACCUUGGAAUUAUACAGACCUCUUCAGAACUUGAAAAAUUAGCUGCUGAUGUUGGCACAUCAUACGGCUGUUACUUUGUCCCUGCGUUCUCUGGAUUAUAUGCGCCAUACUGGGAACCAAGUGCCAGAGGAAUCAUCUGUGGUCUAACACAGUUCACCAAUAGGAGUCAUUUGGCUUUUGCAGCACUCGAAGCUGUCUGCUUCCAGACACGAGAGAUUCUGGAUGCAAUGAACCUGGACAGUGGUAUUCAUCUGGCUCAGCUCCAGGUUGAUGGAGGCAUGACAUCCAACCGGUUACUGAUGCAGCUGCAGGCCGACAUACUGUGUAUCCCAGUUGUAAAACCAUCCAUGCCUGAAACCACAGCUCUGGGUGCUGCCAUGGCAGCAGGAGCAGCUGAGGGGGUCAGUGUGUGGAGCCUGAACCCAGAAGAUCUCACAGAGGUCACUUCAGAAAAAUUUGAACCUCAGAUCAACCCAGAAGAGAGUGAACUGCGAUAUGCUCGCUGGAAGAAAGCUGUACAGAGGGCUAUGAACUGGGAAACCACUGAGCCAGUCAACAAUGGAAAUGAGGAGACUAGUAUCUUCAGUAGUGUACCCUUGGGCUUUUACAUUCUGGGUAGCAUGUUUAUGUUAAUUGGAGCAAAGUACAUUGCAGCAGGGCAGAAGUAAAACUGAACACUUCCACAUCUCAGAAGAUAGGAGACAAAGUCAGAAGAACAAAAGAGGGUCCGUGGCUUGUCCCCGUCUAAAGACAUUCCAACUGAAAUAGAGGUUGUUAAUGUUUCCUUCAGACAUAGAGCCUCCGAAUUAUACAUGAAGACUUUUCUGGCUUUGUAGCAGAAAGUUUUAUUGAACAUAUUUGAUAUGAUGACAUAUUACUGUAGUCUGCCCACACUGUUCACUAGAAGGACGAUGCUAUGGCUCAGUGUUUCUAGCAUUUUGUCUGUACAGUAAAUUCUAUUGGAAUUUUCAUUGAUGGGUAGCAGCUCUCAGUUGUGCUAAUCAAUCUUUUUCAAAUUUUAUUUUUUUAAUGGCACCAACAGUCAUAGAAGUGUGUGUCUGCAUGGUUGUGACAUUUAUUUUUGAAGUUUGAAAGAGCAAGAUAUAAUAUUAAUUUAGUUACUUAUGAAACCCAUUCAGGAGAGCGUUUUAGUGCACUUUAUAAUGAAUAAUGUAUUAUGAGGUUAUGUGUAUAAACAGCAAGGGAACCAUACAAUCUCAUGUAAAUAAUGUGACUUCUUUCCUCUUUUACUAUUUCAUGUGCAUUUGUCUGUUGGAAAAGUUUGUCAUAUUGUUGAGAAUUUUUACCAUUAUGAGAGACCAUUAAAAAAGGAUGUCACUUAAGCAAUGUUGAGUCAAUAUCGAAAUAAUUACUGACAAGAUUUGUGAAUAAUUAUAUUUAAACAAACAUGCUGUGUUAAAUUUUUUGUCAUGUCACUGAAAUUGUGCAUGUUAAUAUCAUUACUGUGCCGCUCAAAGAAGUUAUGAUGAAGGAUGUUAACAGAUCAAAAUCAUUUUAUAGUAAGAAUUUCCUUUGAGUUCAAAUUAGAAAAUUUAAAAAGGAAAUAUUUGGCACUUGAUUUUCUCUCAUACUUGACAUCUGUGUAAUAAAAUCUCAUAAGAUCUACGACAAUGACAAAUUUUGUAGGGGGAAACAAUUAUGAAAUAUGUGCCAAAUUCUAAUACAACUGCCAAUUUAAUAGUUUUGUUUUGAUGCAUUAGUUUGUUUUAAAGAACAAAUCUGUUAGCAUUUUUAAAAUGUACUCUGAAAGGUACUUCCUGCAUCCCUGAUUACUUGAAAUCCACUAUAACAAAAAAUGUUUAAUAAAAGAGUUGCCAGUAUUAAAUGUCAGUUAUUUAUUUCCUUCACUGUAUGUGACUUUGAUUGUUAAACAUUUUCAAAAAGUAACAUUUGGGUUGUGUAUGCAUAUGGUUUAGUGAUGAUGUUUAGUGCAUCUUUCAUUAAAAGUUGUGACAUUCAUUAAAUCCCAUGUACCUCA